AUGUCAGCUCACUACGAAUUCAAAUGGCCCAAAGGUCCAGAAGAGGUUAUUGUCACAGGAACAAUAGACAAUUGGUCUAAAUCUACCCCUCUUUUCAAACAUGCUGACGGUUCCUUUACUUUACAAGUGCCAUUACCAGUCCAAAAGGAACCAAUCUUGUACAAGUACAUCGUAGACGGUACUUGGAGGGUUAACCCAGAUGAGAAGAUCACCAAAGACUUUGAAGGAAAUGAAAACAAUGUCUUGGAUUCUGAAGAUUUACAGGAGUUGGUGACUAUACCUGGAGCGUUGAUUCCAGAAUCUGGCUUGAUUUCCAAUCACAAUCACCAAUCUACUACAGGUGCAUUAGAUAGAAAGGAUAUCACCAAUAAGGACACAUCUACAGAUGUCACCGCAGCACCAGCUGGAUCCUCAGACUAUAAAUCCACAGUUUUACCCAAAGAAGAACCACAUCAAACAAGCUUAACCGGAGAACCAGGUAUUCACAUUCCUAAAGACGAGGAACAGUUGGCUGUUUUCGAUCAAUACGAAUCAACCGAUCCUACAACAUUGAAUAAGGAUGUUAAGGAAGUUGGUACAGCAGGUGAUGCCGUGCCUUCAGACUCAAAGGAUUUGAGUGCAACAGAAGAACACAAAGACUCAACGACUGCUGAUGCUGCUACUGCGGGCAAGGAGCAUUCAGAUGCAGAUAUUGCUGCAGUUCUUGCCGCUGCCGGCGCUGCAGGAACUGGAGCUGGCCUUGCCGGUUCUACUGGGUCUAAGAACCACUCAACUGCUACAGGUGGUGCCGUGUCUUCUGAACCGAAAGAUGUCAGCACAUCAAAGCAACCUGAGUAUUCUAGUACUACAGGUGCUACUGCGGCCAAGGAGCAUUCGGAUGCAGACAUUGCCGCAGUUCUUGCCGCUGCCGGCGCUGCCGGAGUCGGUGCUGGUGCAAUUGGAGCUGGUGCAAUUGGAGCUGGAGCUGACAGUGAAGCCGCAGCUGGCACUAGUGCAGCUGAAUCAUCCUCGGUUCCAUCAACAAGUGGAGGAGAUAACUUGAAAAAGGUCAAGAGAGUCCAAUACAAAGCUAAACCAAAGAAGGAUACAACUGAAAUCGAUCAAGGUACCGAUUCCAACACUGCUUCCAAAGAUGCUAAAUAUGUUUCUAUUCCAACAGCCAUUGAGACUGGGAACGAAACUUCUGGCCACGAGUACUUAAACGACAAUACCAAAGUCACUCCAGAUCUUUUGAAGAAAGAAGCUGCCGACAAUGACAAAAUCAACAAGGAAGUCCGUGACGAAUAUGAAGCUCCAACUAGCAAGGAUGUAACUGCACCUGGUGUUGUUGGCACAAAUGACGCUGUCACAUCUUCUAAAGAUGCACAAGCAGAACCAGAACAAGAAAAGAGUGAUCACUCAACUGCAAAAGCCUUGGGUGCCGGAGUCUUGGGAGGUCUUGGUGGUGCUGGAUUAGGAUCAGCUUUAGCUUCAGAAUCAAACCAACAUACUGAUGGUGUUGCUCGGGGAGAUUAUAGUCACGGCCCUUACACGACCUCCAAAGAUGCUACGCAAUCGACGUCUGUUGACCCAUACACAUCCACUACUCCAGUUGUUGCUACAGGUAACGAAGUUCCAAAGACAUUGGAUCCAAAAGCAGGACAAGAAGAACCAGCCGCAGGAACCACUGCUCCAUCAACGUUGGCAUCUGAACCUGAAAUCAAACCAGUAACAGGCUCCACUUUGGAUGCUGGAGAAGGUAAGGAAGUCAACGCCUCUCCAGUUGCCAAAGACCAAGCUCCAUAUGGCGUAGCCAGCGGUGCUACUGGUGCUACUGCCGUAUCAAAGAGUAGAGUUAGUGGACCAGCAGCACCUGGCGUUGUAAAUGACGAGGAUGAAGAGGAAGAAAUUAUCAUUGCAAGAGGUAAUGAGCAAGAAAUUCUCGCUGCUAUUGAAGCUACCGAAGGACACGACGUCACACUUGAAGAGAUUACGCCCACAAAGUCCGAGCAGGAGAGAUUGACAAAAGAGGCUGAAUUGGCUGCUCAAGUGGACGGACCAAUCACGAUUGAAAAAGUUGAAGUUCCUGAAGAUGAGAUACUCAGUGCCACUUCUAAAGAUAAAACAUCGGCGAAAUCAGCAACAUCAUCAACUAAGGAACCAAAGAGACAGACCGCUAGCGAUGUACCAGUAAAGAAAUCGAGAGCCGAUAAGAAGCAAGAAGAGAACGGGAAGAAGAAGAAGGGAUUUAGAUCGUUUUUGAAGAAGAUUGUGUCGUGA